UACUUAUCAGAGGGAAUGUGGAGUCGCCUGUCAUUCCUUCACCUGCAGCUCCAGCUGUCACACCAUGGACUUCAUGCAGCAGAGCACACAACAAAUCAAUGGCUUUAACAAUAGCCAUUGCCAACUGAAGAUUGUCAACUAUGAGGCUGAGGAAAACAGCAUUUCUCAUGAGACACAUGGCCUCAGCAAAAAACACCUGGUGGUGCGACGAGGGAAACCUUUCAAACUGACUCUGUGGUUCCACAGGCGGCUGUGGAAUCCACACACAGAGUACCCGGUCCUCGAGGUCUUUCUGGGAAAUCAUUCAGACAGGAUCAUAGUCCAGAUCUCUGACGAGCAACACGACCCCCAAGGCUGGUCAGCCAAAAUCUACCCAGGCGACAUUCAUUCGAAGUCAGUCACCAUCCACAUCUGCUCCCCUGUUAAUUCCCCAGUGGCUCAGUAUUACCUCUUCCUCCACAUUGAGACGAUACAUAGGAGCAGAAGUACCUUUGAAGUGGGAACAUUUGUGCUACUCUGCAACCCUUGGCUGAAAGAGGAUCCAGUGUACAUGCCACUGAAGGCCCAAAGAGAAGAGUAUAUCAAGAGUGAUCGCGGGAUUUUGUUCACGGGCACCCCUCAAAACAUUAAUGAAAGACCCUGGAUGUUUGGUCAGUAUGAGCCUGGAGUCCUGGAGGCGUGUAUGAAGCUGCUGCAGGUCAGCCAGUGGCACUUCAAGAACAAAGAAAAAGACUACAUUCGACGAGCAGACCCCGUCUACCUCAGCCGGGUGAUUUGUGCUAUGGUUAACUGCGACGACGACCUGGGUAUUUUAAUGGGAAAUUGGUCAGGCGACUACAAAGAUGGUGUCAGUCCCGCAGAGUGGAGCAGCAGCGCUGACAUCCUCCACCAAUGGGUCUUGUCCAACUGCAAACCCGUACGCUACGGACAGUGCUGGGUCUUUGCAUCUGUCCUCUGCACCGUGAUGAGAGUGCUGGGUGUUCCCUCCAGGGUGGUGACAGUUUUUAACGCUGCCCAUGACGCUGACAGCAACCUGAUAAUUGAGGAAUAUUUCUCAAGCAGCGGGGAAAAGCUCCCAGGACCAAAGGACAGCACGUGGAACUUCCAUGUGUGGGUUGAGUGCUGGAUGAGGAGACCAGACCUCGGCUCAGCAUUUGAUGGGUGGCAGGUAGUGGACGCCACCCCCCAGGAGAAGAGUGGAGGGAUAUACUGCUGUGGCCCUUGCCCAGUAGUUGCCAUCCAUCAACGUGUCCUUAGAGCCAGUUUCGACACCCGGUUUAUCUACGCUGCUGUUGACGCUGACGUCGUACGGCUGAUCAUGCACAAUGGACGGGUGAUGAAGAGGACGGUGGACACUGAGACGGUGGGACGGCUGAUCUGCACCAAGAGCAUUGGCUCAGACCUACUAGAAAACCUGACACAGGAUUACAAGAGCAAGACAAAACCACAAGCAGCAGGUUAUGGAAGAUACUCAGGUUGGAGAGGUGGCCAGGAUCGACCAAUGAGCAGAGAUGUUCGCAAGUCAGGUACACCUUUUCUGUCCAGUUCAGUGGGACAUCAAGAAGAUGGGGGUAUUUUGGUGUCCCGUCAAAUGUCAUCACAUUUUAUGUCCUGUUCAGUGGGACAUAAAGAAGAUGGGGGUAUUUUGGAGUACAGUCAAAUGUCAGAUGGAGAAGAAGAAAUGCCUCCUGGUUUGGAGGUGUCCCUAAGCCUCAAGAAGGUGCCAACAGUGGGUGAGAGCAUCGUCAUGUGUGUAACGGUCAGGAACAACUCGAGCAGCUCCCGGGUUCUGAUGGAGCACAUCAACGCUCAGCUGAAGGAGUACAACAGAAACGCACAGGAGAGCUUCUGGAAGUCUCACAAAGAAGAGUGCAUAAAGGCGGGGGAAGUUCUGAAGCUGGAACACUCCAUCCUUCCCUCUGAGUACGAGUCUGUGCUGGCCGAUGAUGACAUUAUGAACGUGGCAGUUGUGAUAAAGGACGUCCUGACGAAAGAAAGGUUCCUGGCCACGCAGGAGUUCAACGUAACCUCACCAAAGAUAACCGUGGAGAUUGAAGGAGGGGACAGCAUCCAGAUGAAGAAGGAGUACAAAGCCCAUGUGUCCUUCACCAACACAUGCAGCAAUAGUGUGAAUGGAGCCGUGCUGACAGUAGAGGGGUCUGGCCUGCUGCAGGGCAAACAGGAAGCCAGGAUGGCUAUCCUGAAGCAGGACGAGAAGAUAGAGAAGACAGUGACCAUCAUGGCCGCUGGCCCCGGCACUAAACUGCUGAAGGUGACUUUCUCACACAGUAACAACCCCAAAGCCAUUUCCAGAACCUUCCACAAAGUCACCGUCGUGAGUGAAUGACACUCAUGAGUCCAUCCUCCAGAAAAGCUCCAGGAAAUUAUUUUCUUUGCAGUAAGACCUGGACAGUGACUUUGUUUCAUUGUUAAAAUGUUGUGUUUUGGUAGUCUCCAUUCAUUGAUCCAUUCAAAAUAAUCGAUAUACACUAUAUUCUGUAACGGUGAUCGGGUCCAUCAAAGUCAAAGAACAAUAUUUCUGUAUUCUAUCAUACAUGGUUUGAUCAUUAAAAAAAAUAUCCAACAGGUUUUACAUACAUGUACCAUACUAUACACAAAACAUUUUUUAUAUAUGAUAAUAUGAGUAUAUCAUAGUAUUUAGUACUUUUCUUCUUUACCUUUUCUUUUGGAGUUGCAUACAUACAUUUCCCUCAGUAAACUCAACCAGCUGAUUGUCUCAGAGAUUUCAGGCAAAACGAAAAGUCUCUAAUAUGAUUGGUAGCAACCACGCCUAGAAGAAAUCACUUAUUAAGUAGCCAGUUUCAAAAAGAUCUGAUGACAGCAUUGUGAGUAUAUGUCUUCACACUGAUGGUUCAUAUAUAAAGAAUACUCACUGUAUACUUUUCACUUUAUGAUUAUAAAGAAGGGGCCUUAUGUGACUUAUGAUUAAAUAGUUAUCACAAAGAUCGGAGAUAAUGCCAUGAAUCCUUAACCUCUAGUGAGUCAGAUCAUGGGACACUUAGUUGCCUUUAACUUCCUGUCUUGGUGCUCAGUGUGAGUUCAAGUCUUUGAGUUUCCUCACAAGGAAAGGUUUGACAGUUAAGACAGAAAAGCUUGAACAAAUAAAUUAUUCAUUAGAAAAAGAAAUGUGUAUACAUUCAAACACACUGCCUAGUUUAUUACUGAUAACGUUAGACAGAAAUCAUCGGAAUAAAAGUUCUUCAUUUUCAAGUUGCCUCAUAAUGAAUCUAUUGUUUGUUAGGUAUUUUCAAGCUGGUAGCACAACAUUUUUACCAUAAAUAGCAUAACAAAAUUAUAUAUAUUUUGUAUUAAUCAACCAAAUAGUAAAACAUAUAAAACAAUAAAAUUGUCUAGCAGACCAAAUACCAACUGGAAAAUGGGAAUACACGAUUAUUUUGACUGAUGUUGCAAUUAGAUAUCGGAGAGAUUCAUCAUAAUUGAAUGAUUAAAAAACACAUAUAAUACAUGCUCAUUGAGUGAUUUUUAUUUUCAAGAGGAUCUGUACCAAACUAAAGGCUUUUUUAAGUCUGUAGAAUACAAUUUGUAGGCCGGUACUUCUCUGCUGCUUAAAAAUACUUAAAUCAUAUUGGGAUUUUGUUUACACUUUUGAUUGAAUGUGCAGCCCUUCUGGAAGAGGUGCCAAUACAGAAAAUGCUCGAUUUCCCUUUGACCUACUUCCUGUUACCCUUGCCAGUCAAGUUUCUCACCAUUCAUAGAAAAUAGCAGUAUAACAGGCAUGUAAUUAGUAGGUUUGUCCUGUCAACACCCCCAACGUGCCUUUGACUUUCUGCGAAUGUCACUGAGUUCAAACCUGUAAUCAUGCAUUACAUGGGAAAUGACAAUAGUCAAGCCAGGUAGACUGUGUGCUAGAUAAUAAACGUGUAACUUGUGAUUGUCCCUAUACAGGUUGAACUGCAUUUCUGUUAUUGAGUAUCAGCACUAGAUGGCAGCAUUGGAGUAUCUACCAAUGAGUCUGUGUCUGUUUUCUCUCUAGAAAUCAAUGAUCUGCUUUCCUACGCUUUUGACUCUGGUUAUUUUAUCACUUUGCCUUUGGCACUGCCUGCGCCCUGUGAUCAUUAAGGGAAUAUUUGACAUUUAGUCUCAGAAGUCAAUUUAAAUUAGUGGCUAAAUGAUUUUGCAUGUGUUCCUUUGCCCCUUUUGUAAAACGAUGUCUCAGCUGUCAGAGUUACAGUGCAAAGAGCAUACACAUUUUUUUUCCAUGCACACCAAUUGCUUAAUGCAUCUGUAAUUAGUUUUUAAUUGGCACAAUGUCUUAAAAAAAAUUAUUUACUUUUUAAUUGAAAAAUGUUAGUUGCUGUGAACAUCGGGAGAGAGAAAGAAAUGUUAAAAUUCCUAUAUUUCAGACUUAUUUCAGAACUUAUAAUCACAGAUUCUUGUGACUAAAUUCUUUUGACUUGGACUGAUAUGGGUUGAACAGAUAAUUAAACUCAUCAAAUUUAGAAAAGGUCCCAUCAUGCAUUGUUUCAUAGUUAAAAGCAACCAUUUAACACCUGCAAAUAAGUCAUGGCUGUUUCUCUGUUUUCUAAAAUGUUUUUUUGUGUGUAGUGUUUUCACAUUAUUUUGACAGAUGAAAAUGUGGAGCAGAGAAAGCAGGGUAAAAAAUGCAACAAUUGUCCCAAAGCUGGAACCAUAAUAAAUUAAACAAUUCUGACGACGAUAACGUUUGGUAUAA